GCAAUUUCCUGCCUUCAUCAUUCGAACGACAUUUUGGUUGUAGUUGUGCUUGUUUUGAAAGCAAAUUGAGAAACUUCUCGUCAAUUUGCCGUAUUUUUUUAUUAACUAAAGAAAACAUGAUCUCAGUCCGACAGUUAGAACAAUAAUUACAGCUAGCAUUCCGUAUGUACUCAAUUUUUUAGGUAAAUUUGGCAUGUUAGAAUGUUCACAUAGACAUUUCAUUACUUCGACAGAUGGACGAGGAACCGGCUCCAAAGAACGAAUGCGAAUCCCCUUCAAAGAAGGAGGGCAAGAAGAAAUCUCGACCAAAGUCAUCGAAAUCUGCUAAAGGAAGAGAAUCUCGGCAGUCGCAAGAAAAAGAAGGUAUCGGGGGCUCACCGAAGAAACAGUCGAAAGAAAAAAGUCAAGAAAAUCGUCUUAAGCGAGAAAAUUCUAAAAAUCGGCGUCGACAUGCCAAAAGUGAAGGAACGGAUGAUGCUAAACCUUUAGACAAAAAGUCUAAUAGUGCGAAAACCAAACCAAAGAAAAUUGUAUCUUACAGCAGGGAAGAACUACUCAAACUACGAGACUGUGAUUUGGCACAAAAAUGGCCGGUAUCAUUGGAUCCAAAGUAUGCUCGAGGAUUUAGAAAACUUUGGAAACCCUUAGCUUGCUUCGAUGAAAGAGAGAGCGAACCUGAUGAAGGUCCUAUUGAAAAAGAAGCCCCAAAGAGAUACAACGAAAGACGUUACGGAACUGGUAGAGUUAUAUCAUGCAACUCUGAGAGCGAUUAUAUGAACUUAUAUGAUGAUACCAGCAUUAGUCGCAUUAGGACCCCGGAGAAAGCUCCAGAAUGGUUUACUAAUGCUCCAACUAGUCAAAAUGAUGUUAUCGAGCUAAAAGGCUUCGAUGAUGAUGAGGAAGUGUCCGAGGAAAAGGAUGAUAAACCAGCAUCCCCAAUGCAAGAUGAUUCGGCUAUAUCAUCUGUCCUGAAGCCUGGAAAUCAACCUCCAAAGCAACCAAUGUGUAAUGGGUUCUUCCCUCCCAAUGUUGAGUCUAUGUCACAAGCCUUGAAAUCCGCACUGGGUAUGAAAAAUGGAGGUAAAGAGGUUGAUCAGCAUUUUGAUUCAAAUAUGCUUAAUAUGGACAUGUCGCAUUUAAUGGAAAAUGAAAACGUCGCUAGCCGUGCACAUCAAUGGUUUGCUCCUGAAAAUGAAGAAAGAGAGCAAUAUGUUGAAAUGAACGGUGAACGGUCUCCAAUCGGUCAAACAUUUCCUGGACUACCAGACAAGGACCCAGAAUACAUUAGACAAUGGAUGUCACAAGCGGCAAACGAGAAUUCUGGUAUGGAUUUUGCAACAUUUGAAAAGUUAGUGCUCUCAAAUAAUACAAAAACACCUACUGCUGCUGCUGGGCAAGAAAUAAUGAUGGAAGUACUUAAGCAGCAACAUGCCAAUCAGUUGAUUCGAAUGAUUCAACAACAGCGUCAAAAACAAGUAAUGUCGGUUGGGGCUUUGGGUAUUAAAUCUCCCCUUGCUGCAAUGCAGUUUCCUUGCCAAUCUCCUUCACUGACACUAUUAAAGCAGCAAUCUUCUUCACCGAGAGCGCCGUCUCCAAUAAUGUUUGGCAAUCAACCACCUAUGCACCUGAAUGCCCCAGUACCCAUCCGUCCACAGCCGCAAACUCCAAAUCCAGAUUACCUGACGUAUCACACUCAAGCUAUUAUGCAAAAUGCACUACUAAAACGUCAAAUGGAAGGGCAGAAGAAUUUUUUAAAUAAGCAAAAGUUAGAAGAAAGGAAACCCCUUAGAGUUCCUUUUGUUCCUACAGCUGUUAUGAAAAAUCUUAACAUAUCAACAAACAAAGAAAAUGAAGGUGGCUGUAACUCCGUUACUCCGCCAAAAUCCUUAGAUCUUACCCCUGAAAGCGCUGAAGAUCGGGGAGCAGCAACAGGAGUUGGUGGAAAUCUACUGAGUCCGGCUUCAUCUAGUUCUAGUAGUGGUGGUAACAUUACUAUAACUAUGCCAGGCCCAUACAAGAUAAAAUCGCCAGCGGACAAUCAACAUGAGAGACUAAUAAAGAAGGAAUUGGAAGAACAAGAAAUGAUGAGAGAGUAUCAAAUGCGUCAAAGACAAAUGAGAUUGAUUGACGAACAACUUCGAAUUUAUGGUGAAAACUCGAAAGUUGGUCGAGAUGUGAUCGCCAUAGAAGUUCAAAGGAUGCAACUUAAUGAACAUUUGAACUCAACAACGGGUUCACCACUAGGUCGACCGGUGCUUGGCAGCGGAAGUAGCAUAAGUAAAGUACAAAACGAACAGGAAAACAACAACUUUGCAGAUCUAUCAAUGUUUUUUGAACCGAACGUCUUACAACAAGCGCUGACGAAAAUGCCACCGAUUCCAGCUCACAAUGUCGUAUCUGUAAACGAACUUGAACGACACUGA